AUGGAGACUUUAAACGACACCAGCCUCACCGAGCCUCUCAAGCCGCUGCCGCCCUCGCCGCAGAGUCCCCACCACUCCUUCGCCGAGAAGAAGCGGCUCCACCGAGCUCCUUCUCCUGCCAGACCUUUCCUCAAGGAUCUGCACGCCCGGGAGUCUUCGGCCAAGCCUCCGCCGCAUUCCAUGCCCUGUCCGGAGCCAUCGAGCAAAGGGCCGGGCGCGGCACCUGCCUCCCCGGCCCCCUCGGACCUCCAAGGCGAGGAGCAGGGCGAGGAGGCAACCCGGGGGAGAGCUCCGGAGAAAGCGUCCGCCAAAAGUGUGCAGCCUGCUGGGAGCCUGCGCCUGGGCGGCAAAAUCCCAAUGGUGGUUCCCUCCUAUGAAGGGCAGCUGGUGGCAGACCAAGAAGAGCUGCUGAGGGAGAUAGAGGAGCUGCGCUCAGAAAACGAUUACCUCAAGGAUGAACUGGAUGAACUCCGGGCUGAAAUGGAAGAGAUGCGUGACAGCUAUCUUGAAGAAGAUGUUUACCAACUACAGGAACUUCGACGAGAGCUGGAUCGUGCAAACAAGAACUGUCGCAUCUUGCAGUAUCGUCUCAGGAAAGCUGAACAGAAAAGCUUGAAAGUUGCACAGACGGGUCAGGUGGAUGGAGAACUAAUCAGAAGCUUAGAGCAAGAUCUAAAGGUAGCCAAAGAUGUAUCUGUCAGGCUGCACCAUGAACUGGAAAAUGUGGAGGAAAAGCGUGUUAAAGCAGAGGAUGAAAAUGAAGUUCUUCGUCAACAAAUCAUUGAGGUGGAAAUAUCCAAACAGGCACUGCAAAAUGAGCUAGAUAAACUGAAAGAGAAUUCCCUGAAGAGAAGAGGCAGCAGGGAUAUUCAUAAAGAAAAGAAGGCAUUUGCUCAGGUAUUAUUCCCAGCUGGAUAUAUGUCAAUGCUAUGUCAAUGUAACCUGAAGUAA